UUCACAGAGUCUCUUGUCGAAUAGGUGAAAGGUUAAGGCCGACGCUGGUAUUCCUCAAUGGCGACAGAAGCUGGGUAGCCGGUUAAUGUCUAGAAGCGAUCUGCUCAAACAGUUCCUUCAUAAUGGAUGAAGGGAGCCUGGAGGCUGCCAUUGAGACUUACAAUGCCCAACUGCAGCAGGUGGAAACUGCACUGGGGGUUGGGCUGGACCCCUCCCAACAGAUGGACCUCAUAAAACUGAGAGACGAUUUACAGCAGCUGAUAGAACUCACAGAGUCGAGUCUCAUAUCGGUGAAGAAGAGCAAGCUGCUAGCUAGUUUGGAAGGGGGGUCGUCCUCACAGCUGGAGCCCAAAGCAGAGGAACCAGAGACCGGUGACACUGACCAGGAGUAUGCUGCUUUUUGUGCUGCUGUUGCUGAACCUUCUGUUAAUUCCAAUAGUAAAAAGAUAACCGAAUCCAGUCAGGUGCCUAAUCCAGAUCAUUUUCAGAAUGGGGAGGAGGAGGAGGAAGAAGGUGGUGAUGAGGAUGAUGAUGAUGAUGAUGAUGAAGAUGUGAUGAGUGGGAUGAAAGUCCAAGCUCCCUACCACACCACCUGGGGAACAUUAGAAUAUCACAAUGCCAUGGUUGUGGGUGUCGAAAACUCUGACUGUGCCGAUCCUCAGGUUCGAGUUUUGUACAUCUACCCAACACAUAAAUCUAUGAAACCUUGCCCUUUCUUCUUGGAAGAUAAGUGUCGGUUUAUGGAGAACUGCAGAUUCUCCCAUGGGGAGGUGGUAUUUGUGUCUGAGCUUCGUCCGUUUCAGGAAUCGGACCUCAGUUCUCUGGAAGUGGGAUCAUCCUGUUUAGCCAGACAUGAGGAUAGGAUCUGGUACCCAGCCACAAUUACAGAUAUUGACAGCGGUUACUACACUGUCAAAUUUAAUUCACUUCUGCUGAAGGAGGCAGUGGUGGAGGGGGAUUGUAUAAUCCCACCAAUGAGAAGAGAGGAGGAAUCUUCAUCAGACUCGGACGACGAGGAGCUGGGCGAGGAUUCAGCCUACGCUAAAGUUGUAGGUUCUCUAUCCACAGAGACAGAGGGGUUGACCUCUUCCUGUAGCUCAGGAUUUGCAGGCUGGGAGGCUCACACUAGAGGCUUUGGAUCCAAACUGAUGGUGAAGAUGGGCUAUGAAUUUGGGAAAGGUUUAGGGAGAAAUGCUGAGGGAAGAGUGGAGCCAGUCCAGGCAGUGGUCCUACCUAAAGGAAAAUCCCUGGACCAGUGUGCUGAACUCUUACAGAAGAAAAAAGAGGGAAAACAAGGAAAACGCAGGAGGAAAGGCAGAAAUGGGCCCGGCACUUCCACAGAGCGGAAACCUAAACAGAACGUGUUUGACUUUUUAAAUGAGAAGCUUGGUGCGGGAGGACACCGCGGUGGAUCUCAGGCGGAGCCCCCUUCAACUGUGAAGAGCAGUAAAGAGAGCUAUCAGGGGGGGAAGAGCGCAAACAGGACUCUUAAUGUUAGACUCUUUCAAGCUACAGAGAGAGUUGAGCAGAUACAAAAGGAAAUAAGCCGCAUAAUGGAAUCUCUUACCCGCAAUGUUGGAAGGGAUAAGGCAAUGACCACUCGCUUGGAAGAGAAGCUGUGUAGUGCCAGGAAGCAGCUGGAACAGUUCAAAGCUCAGGAGUUUGAAAGCAAGCGCAUUGACGAGGAUGAGGUUUAUUCAACGUGUUACUCGCCUUGAUCAAGCACUCCCCUUGAUCGAUACUACCGACAGAUGAAGAGGAAAGUGAGAAUACAGUAUAUGGAUGUAUGUAUUAAAGGUUUAUCCUUUUCAGUCAUCUUGAGUGGUUGAGUUGGUUCUGAGUUUUAUUAAUUGAAAGGAAAGAUUUUAAAUACAUGAAACUAUAUGUUAAUAAUUUUGCUUUCGAUUAAAUUAGCACUUUUAUAAUAAAAGCAUCACAGGACACCGAUACAGUAGUAGUUACAUGUACUACAUUAUUAUAAUCCUGAAGAAAACAUCAGGACAAAACCGUUUUAAUAUUUGACAAAACUGCACAAAGAGCACCAUUCUCCCUGCCUUGUUACAGCGUGUGCUGGAAAGAAGAGGAGCAAUACUCCAGCCAGCCGUCUGUGUGUUUUUUCAGAACACAAAAUUUGGGUAAAAGCUGGGCGUGUCAUUUUAUUACAAUAACUGUUUUAAUAUAGGCUGUGUUAAGGUUUUGAAAGUCAUGUGAUUGCCUGUUCCUGCUGCCUUGGGCUUUUUGAUAAGGUUCUCCAACAAACAACUGAUGGUCUUAAGACACUAAUAUUUCAGUAUACAGGUUGUGACAAGAGACUUAUGAUUUGUCACCAACCUUAUACCUUACAUCCGCAUAAGCUUCUUGUAUAAUUUGACACUGAUUUAAGUCGUUUUAAUAUAGAUUUUUUUUUUUCCAGAAUUCUGUACAUUUGUAAUUCAUAUUCUGGAGCAUGCUUUCUUUUAAGAUGCUAUAAAUGUUAUCUGAAUAUGUGCAGCAUUGUAAUGCUUAAUACAUAUUACUUGAUCUAGCAAAGGCUGUGCCUUCACACCAUUCCCUCUGUCUGUUUGUUUUGCAUUGAUCUUAUACCAUUAAAGGGAGCAAAUGUGUUGUGAUUUUCA